UCAAAAACCUUUGAAGACAUCUUACACCUUUGCUUUAGUGGCGUACAAACCAUUUCUCAGUUCUUGUUUAUAGCACCUAAUCAGAUUAAACAUACACCUAAUAAUCUCUUUGGUUAAGCUGUCAAACCCUGCAUCUCGUGAUCCAGAAUGAACACCACAAUCAGCUAUCUGAUUACCAGCACCGACAGGCAGAUGACCAUGGCUGAAAACAUUUCUGCUGUCAGUGCUUUCACAAGCACUUUCCACAAAGAGGAAAUAACAAGUUCUGUUACAGACUUCUCCGCUUGGGACGACAUGGUCACGAUUUCUGAUUACCCUGACUACAUUGAAGAAGGUUUUGGGAAAUGUGUGUACGAGCGUCACGGGGCCAGUUUUCUUCCAGCCCUUUAUGUCAUUUUCUUCAUCCUAGGCCUUCUGGGUAACUCCCUGGUCAUCUGGGUCAUUGUGCGUGGAUCACGACUCCGCAGCAUGACUGAUGUAUGCCUCCUAAACUUGGCUAUUGCUGACCUUCUGUUAGUGUGCUCCCUUCCCUUCCUAGCCCACCAAGCCCGGGACCAGUGGCUGUUCGGGGAUGCUAUGUGCAAAGUGGUCCUGGGUAUUUUUAAUAUGGCUUUUUACUGUGGGAUCUUCUUCAUCUGUCUAAUGAGCGUUGACCGGUACUUGGCUGUAGUACACGCUGUUUAUGCUAUGAGAGCCCGGACAAAGUCCUUUGGAAUGAUUGCAGCUGCUGUCACUUGGGUGGCUGGAUUUUUGGCUUCUUUCCCUGACCUGCUGUUUCUCAAACAGCAGUCUGUUGGUAAUGCGUCUCAGUUCUGCUUCCCUGUAUAUCCCCAAGCUUCUGAUGAAAGCUUUUCACCCAGCUUUAACUUCUGGAGAAUCUUCAGUCUUUUUAAAAUGAACAUUUUGGGUCUAUUAGUCCCAGUUGCCAUAAUGGGUUUCUGCUACUCCCAUAUCAUCUGGAGACUACUGUACAGCCGGUCAGCCAAGAAAAAGGCCAUCCGUUUGGUUCUUGUGGUGGUUGCUGUAUUCUUUUGCUGCUGGGUGCCCUACAACAUUGCAUCGUUGUUCAAAGCCCUGGAGCUAUUGGGUAUCUAUACAGAAUGUGAAAGCAGCAAAGCCAUUAGAUUGGCUUUACAAAUCACCGAGGUUCUUGCCUACUCUCACAGCUGCCUCAACCCUAUCCUGUAUGUGUUUGCUGGGGAGAAGUUCAGGAGGCACCUGGUGAGGGUGAUAAGCAACACUCCUUGCAGACUGUGUCAGGUGAUCAAGGUCUACUUACCUCAGGACAGAAUCACUGGGUCUUUCUACUCUCAGACCACCAGUCUGGAUGAAAGGGGUACAGCUGUGUAAAAAGGGUGCAGUGGUUUUGGUUAUGUGUCUGUCUGUAUGGUAACCUACAAGGAACAAGUCAAUGUCAAGGCAAAAAGGCUUGUGUUUGCUAUUUUAGGGCUGAUAUGGAAGAAAGUGCAUGCAACUACGUUUCAGUUUGAGGGGUGCAAGUCUAUUCUUAUGGUGUCAAGAUGUUGAAAUGGAAUUACUAAACAUUUAUAUAUACUUUUAUAGGUUUUAUAGACUACAUAAAAAUAUAUAAGUGAAUUGUAUUGUAAAUAUUUGGGUAAUGAGUUUUUUUUACUGAUUUGAGAAUGAAACAGAUUGUAUCUACACCUGCAAUUGUAAGCCAGAAAUUGUCCUGAAUUCAAUUUCUGGUUUUUUUGACAUGCCACUGGCUGACGCUGAGUGCGAAAUUGUGUCAACUAUAACAGCUGGCAACGACGUCAGAAGCCUCAGUAACCUAUUUAAUCUUCAGCUGAUAAAGGAAACAGAUGAACUGCAACAAGCCAGAGCUCCUGACUGAUCAUUUGCUUCUAACCAAUUAGGCGAAACAAAUAUCAUAAUUUGUUUGCACCGUGAUGACCACUCUCAAAAACUGCGUCAGUUUUGCAAGUAAGAAACUGCUGAGCAGCAAAAUGUUUCCUUUGCAGAACACAAGUUUCAAAGCGCCUGCAGCAGCAGGUCUGCACCCAGCCCCAACCUCAAGUAAACCACAACCUGAAAAGGGAAGUAGGCUGCUCAACCAUGUUGUUAGUUGAACCUUUGCAGUCUCUGAACACAAAUGAGCAUUUCCGCGUUAAGUUUUGAAAGUUGUUCUGCAAUAUUUCUACUGCUACUGAUCAGUAUUUGAGCUUUUUGAGAUUUGUUCAAAUUUCCAACAACUUUUUAAGGAGUUUGUUUCGAUACAAAGAAUGUAUCUCUCUAUUAUUUCUAUUUAAGAAAUCCUAUCAACAAAUCAUUAUGCUAUACUAUCCUGUCAUACUUAUUAACCAUUCCACUUCGAUUAUGUCAUCACCGCUGUUCAUCACAAUACAGUUAUUCAUACAUAGACACAUCAGGCAUUUUGAAUCUCCAAUAGUAAUAGAAACUCAGCAGACAUGGAGAGAGGUAAGACGCCUCCCCACUCCUGAGACAGAGUGUGUACUGCAGGUACUCAUUUCAACAAAGAUAAAACAGUUAUUUUGCUAGCACUUAACAACAUCUUCAGUCAGUCAAAGAAACCAGGAUUGCUGAGAAAUCAGCAGGGUUUUGUAUAAACCAUUUUUUUAUAGUGAUUUAGUAUUGCACUUUCAUAAAGUUGUGUGACCUAAUGUAGAUGUAAAUUUAAAAAGAUUUUUGAAAUUAUUUUCACAAUUGAAGCAGCAGAGGUCAAUAAAUCCUGUUUGUAAGGGGUCAAGAGCCAUAAAUACCAAAGCCUACACUUCCCAUAAUGCACCUAGAUAGUCAUUUGACUCUGCCUGGCUGGUAAAUGCUCAUGUCAUGUAACUCCAUAUUUGUACUUUUCUGUAACUGAAUUACAUCAUAUGAAAUUUCCUGAAAUAUUAUUAUCAAUGGUAUCAUAAUAUCUUUACUGCUUUGUUAUUCUUAUAAUGGUUUUGUUUUUUCUAUUGUAUUUUAUUCUGAAGAGCGUAUUGAGAGUAUUUUUUGUUGUUCUUAUUGUUACUACUUUUGCAAGCACAGCAACCAUGCUGAUAUAAGCAGUCUGGAAGAGCCAACAGAAUCAGAUAUUUCUGUAAUAUGGUGACAUGUUAAAUAUUAAUGUAUUUUCAGUAUUGUAUUAGACAAAUGCAUUUUUUACAACAAAAAAGCACAAUGAAAAUAACCCUAAUAAAUAAGUAUAUAGUUUUUGGAUUAUA